CCAGCAGCAGUGCUUCACCCUGGCGCAUUUGGCUGAACCAAAUGGUCCGAGUUGAUAGCACCAGUAGAUUGCUAGAGGCACUUCCAACCAGCACCAGCACAUCCGUCCCGGUGACUGCCACGGUCGCUGCCUUCAUUGCUCCUGCGGCGCCACUCAAGGACUCAUCCUCUCCGGGUCGCAAAGAGCUGCUCCUGGCAGUCAAAGAACGCAGGAGGACUUGGAGUGAAGUACAAGAGCUCCGACAGGUCAGCCAAACGUGGGCUGCCAGUUGCAUGGUGCAACCAGCAGUCAGGAUGAAAGUUUUUGAAGAGGACCGGCAGCGGCUCAAUGAGGAGGCGCUGAAUCGAUGGCAUCAGCAGCUGGAGGGAUUGACCCUGUGUUGUGGUCUCAUUUGCCUGGCAUAUUUGGGUUAUCACGUUGAGCCACGCUGGCCGCGUUACUGGUCAGCCUAUUCUGUUGGUGCAUUGUCCAGUCUGGCCUCGGGGCUACUGGGCUUGGCAUUGGAAGCCCACAGACCCAAGGAACAGCGUCAGUACUCUGUGGGCGGUAUCCAGCUGAUUGCUGGUCUUGUCAUGGCGUUAGUGAUGCCCAUCUUGAACUCGGUGGGUAUGCCAUUGGCGCAACUGGCGGCUCAUCAUUUCAUUGCAUCGUCGACCUUAAGCCGUUUAGUUGCUGGAAACACGGCAAGAUCCUUCGCUUCCUACAUCGCCCUGAACCUAUGGCUGGGCGCCUUUAUCUGCCAGCUUUCCUGGCUGAUGGUGGCGCCGACACCCUUUGUGGUGGUUUUAGAACUGGUGAUGGGUGGUCUUAUGGCAGUGAUUCCAGCCAGCGAAGUUGAUACAGAUGGCUGAGCUCGGUUGAGUUUCGAUGCGGCAGCUCCUGUCCAAGUAUAGCCAGUAUAGCUGCUUGGGUACGGGUCAAAUUUCAGG